AUGCCCCUACCCCACCUAGUCCCCAACCCCCCAAGAUCCCAACCCACCAUCACCAACCUCACCAAUCCCCAACCCCACCAGAUCCCCAACCCCUUUAGGUCCUUCCCCCACCCCACCAGAUCCCCAAACCCCACCAGAUCCACAAACCCACCAGCGCCCAACCUCACCCAGAUCAUCUCCACCGAGCCCCAACCCCACCGAAUCCCCAACCCCCCAAGCCCCAACAUCGCAGAGCCCCACCCCACCAACCCCAACCCCAUCAGUUUCCCUCUCCCAACCCCACCAGAGCCCCAACCCCACCAGAUCCCCAACCCCCUCCCAGAGCCCCAACAUCACCAGAGCCCCAACCCCACCAGAACCCCACCCCCUCGGUCCCUCUCCCCUAACCUAACAAGCCCAUCCCAUCAGUUCCUCUCCCCGCAACCUUACCAAUCCCCAACCCCUCAGUUCCCUCUCCCCCAACCUCACCAGAGCCCCAACCUAACCAGAAUCCCCAACCCCACCAGGUCCUCUCCCCCACCCCACCAUAGCCCCACCAACGAUCCCAACACCAGCAGUUCUCUUCCCCCAACCCCACCAGUACUGCUCCCCCAACCACACAGCCAGAUCCCCAACCUCACAGAUCCCCAACAUCACCAGAUCCCCAACACCCACAGAUCCGCCAAUGCCCCCCUAGAUCCCCAACCACACCAGAUCCCCACCCCACCAGAUCCCAACCCCACCAAUACCCAACUGCACAAAAUCCCCAACCCCUCCGGUCCUCUCCCGCACCCAACCCCACAGAGCCAACCUCACCAGAGCCCAAAGACUUCUUUCUCCUCCACGCCCACCAAGCCCCAACCUCACCAGAGCUCCAACCCCCAUCAGUUUCCUCUCCUCCAACUCACCAGAGCCCCCAACCCACCGUCCUCAUCCCCCAACCCUCACCAAGCCCACCCCAUCAAUCUCUCCCCCCAACCUCACCAGAGGCCCGCAACCCCACCAGGUCCUCUCGCCUCCAACCUCAACAAGCCCCAAUACCACCAGGUCCUCUCCCCCAACUCGCCAGAGCCCCAACCCACCAGUUCCUCUCACCCAACGCUCACCAGGUCUUCUCCCCCACCCACCAGCAUCUCCCCCAACCAACCAGGUCCUCUCCCCCACCCCACCAGGUCUAUCCCCAACCCCACCAGUCGCUCUCCCCAACCUCACCAGAGCCCCAACCUCACCAGUACCUCCUCCGCCCAACCCCAUCGAUCCCCACCCCACCAGGCCCUCUCCCCUAACCUCACCCAGAGCCCCAGACCCAUCAGGUCCUUCCCGCACCUCACCAAGCCCAACCCCACCAGUUCCUCUCCCCCAACCCACCAAGACCACCCCAUCAGGUCCCCUUCCCAACCCCACCAGUCCUCUCCCCCAACCCCACCGUUCCUCUCCCCCAACCCCCACCAGGUCCUAUCCGCCCAACGCCCACCAGGCCCUCUCCCCCCAAAACCCCACCAGAGCCCAACCUCACCAGUUUCUCUCCCCACCCACAGCCCCACCCCACCAGAAUCCCCCCACCCCACCUAG